UUGGGGCUACAAGUGUUAAAUCGCUGAGAUUAACCGAGAGCCUUAUCUUAUCGUCUCGCUACGAAAUCGGAAUAAAAAAAAAUAUUACUCGCGUUAUCGUUAUCGCGUUCGAUAAAAAAGGUGCUAUAAAAAUUACAAAACCGGCUUCGAAAUUGCCAUUGUAAAUCUAACCAACAAACUGAGCAUACCAACGUGAAGAAGCAUUGUAGCUCAAUAUGAAACGUUCGACACAAUUAAAAAGACGGAGGGUAAAACAUAUUAGACAUGAUUCAGAGGAUUCAGAUUACGAACAAGAACGCCGCUUGUAUAGGAAGCAUCCAUGGGACAGAAAUUAUCCGCUAACCAUUCUUCUGAUUGUCACAGUCAUCGCCGUUGUAUAUAUUUUUUAUUCUGCAGAAAAUUCAUUAAAGGUGUUUCAUGAACAUCAACAAUUGGUUUUUGAUCUUCUACGGAUGCAAAUGAGGUCAACAUUCGAAAAAGUUCAUGGACCUGAGUUGAAAUUUGAUGAACCAGAGUUAAAAGUGGAUCCAGGAAGCGUUGUCAACCAUUUGAUUGAUCGCGUCAGUGAAUUUAUCAAACUGGGUGCUCAAUUGCAGUACAUCUCGAGCGUAACAAAGGUCCCACGAGAUAAAAUCGUUUCACCUGGAUGUACGUCACCAGGGGAAGGAAUGGUCCAUUUAGUUUGUGUGCACCUGAACAAAGAACUGGAACAGGAUAUCAGAGGAAUGUUUGACAAUUUCUUAAACGUUUUUUUAAGCCAAGUAAAAAAUAUUCCUAGCUUCGUAGUUCUUGAAAUCAGUCAAAAGUUUAAUGAGAUUCAAUGGGGACUUCUCAAGGCACUUGCAUCAAUCGAUUUUUCCAAAGAAAAAGUGAAUGAUAAUGAUAUUUCCCAAAUAAAAUCAAUAAAAAAUAGUUUUUUGAAAGCCAUCGAUAAUCAAAUGCAAGCUUGUCGCAACCAUAUUGAAAAGAUAUCCGGCGAUAGAUACAGUAAGCACUACAAAGCGGUACUAGAAACAGAGCUGCAGGUGCUUAUAACAACAUUUCAUGAAAUGACCAAACUAAGUGAAAGUGAUUUGUUUAGCAAAGCUCGCGAAGGAGUUCCUUUUGAAACUGGAAUGACAGUUUUUACAAAAAUUUUAAUUGCGAUUGGUCUUGCGAUAGUUACCACCCUCGUGUUUUUAUUCUUAAAAAAAAUCACUUUUAUGAUGACCGUUGAUUGGAUUUUCAUUGGAAUAUUGAAACUAUUGAAAGUAAUCUAAAUUAUUCAUUUUUUUUUGUUUCUCUUUUGCAACUGAAAGAAUAAAAAAAUAAACAAUUUAAUUAUAAGCCAUUGUUUCAACACUACCUUUCCACCCAUUGUCCGUUCGAACUUUUGUCUUUCGACCUUUUGUGCCUGAAGUCAAUUCACCAUCUUUUUUACCCGCGUUUUCUGUGAUUAUUGCAAUGUUUGCCGCACUAAGUACAAGUUUCAAGGCCCUUGAUGACUUUGUGAAAAGUCCAUCUUUUCGAAGAUUUUGCGUAAGACGACGUUAUUAAAGUCGAUUUUUUUUACAAACGAUUAUUAGUGUUUGUUUUCUUCAGAUGAAACAUUCCAAAAAAUCUUACUAAUGAUAAAUUUGGCGAAAUAAAUUCGUAAUUACAUUGUUUGA